GGCUCCCGGGCGCCGCUCGGCCACCGCGCGUCCCCACCAGCACCUGGGCCGCCUGGCAGGCAGGCGACAGAAGCCCAGGAGCCAUGGGUGACUGGGGCUUCCUGGAAAAGUUGCUGGACCAGGUCCAGCAGCACUCCACCGUGGUGGGCAAGAUCUGGCUGACAGUGCUCUUCAUCUUCCGCAUCCUCAUCCUGGGCCUGGCCGGUGAGUCCGUGUGGGGUGACGAGCAGUCGGAUUUCCAGUGCAACACGGCCCAGCCGGGCUGCACCAACGUCUGCUACGACAAGGCCUUCCCCAUCUCCCACAUCCGCUACUGGGUGCUGCAGUUCCUCUUUGUCAGCACGCCCACCCUCAUCUACCUGGCCCACGUCAUUCACCUGUCUCGGCGUGAGGAGCGGCUGCGGCAGAAGGAGGAGGAGCUGCGGGCGCUGCCGCACAAGGACCCAUGCGUGGAAAGGACGUUGGCAUCCAUAGAGCGUCAGAUGGCCAAGAUCUCGGUGGCCGAAGAUGGCCGCAUGCGGAUCCGAGGGGCGCUGAUGGGCACCUACGUGGUCAGUGUGAUCUGCAAGAGCAUACUCGAGGCAGGCUUCCUGUACGGCCAGUGGCGUCUCUACGGCUGGACCAUGGCACCCGUGUAUGUGUGCCACCGCUCACCCUGCCCCCACUCGGUGGACUGCUAUGUCUCUCGCCCCACCGAGAAGACGAUCUUCAUCAUCUUCAUGCAGGUGGUCGGCUUCAUCUCCCUGCUGCUCAACCUGCUGGAGCUGGUGCACCUGCUGUACCGCUACCUCACCAGGAGACUAAAGGCCCAGCAGGGCCAGAAUGCCCCCCUAGCUCAGGGCACCACCCCGGAGCCCUACGCUAACCAGGUCUUCUACCUCCCCAUGGGCAAGGAGCCCUCAUCCGAGCCAUGCCCCGUCUACAGCGGGCUCUCAUCCAGUGAGCAGAACUGGGCCAACCUGACCACAGAGGAGAGGCUGGCUGCUUCUAGGCCACCCCCCUUCCUGGACCCGUACCCCGAGAGUAGCCAGAAAUACCCCAGCAGCCAUGCCUCUAAGAAACAGUAUUUGUAGGAACCUGGGGCUUCUGUCACCCGACAGCGGGGCCUGGGAAGUCUGGCUGCCUUGGGUGCCCCCUCCUUGAAGGCUCUGCAGCGAUGACUAGGGCAGGGGAAGCGGGUGCUUGCUGGCCGUGGGGCCUCACUAUCGGUUGUUCUUGGACACCUGGGGCCUUCCUAGUGACCAGACGACACCUCAUGGUUUCCCCUCCAGAGCCUGGCUUUGCCGCAGGCACAGACAGAGCCAGCUCGGGGUGCUCCGGACCAAAGGCUUCGGCCCUCUGGCCUUUUUCACUUUGUUCAGAGGGACCCGACGCCAAGUCACUCCACCCCCACCGUCAUGGAACUUUCUCCUCCCCCCAGGUUGUCCUCGACACCCUCUCCUCGCAGGAAGGGCCUGGACCAGGCUGCUGGGUAGGCCUGGAUUACACACACACACAGCCUGUCAGGGAGGCUGGUGUCUUCUCAUCACUCCUUCCUGGUUCCACUGUUUAUGCUUCUAAAAUAAACAGAA